ACUGACUGCUCAUGCCCAGCCCAGACCAGCCCAGCCCUUCUCCAUCUUCACCACAUUGUCUCCUUUUCACCAUUCCACCCUUCUCCACUUCAUAAACACACUCUAAAAAAACAUACACAGAGACAAAUGGCUCAAAUAAGAGCCUGCAUUGUGGUAUUGUACACUAUUUUACUAGUGAAAAUAGCUCAACAAGCUGCAGGUGCUUCAAUGGCUUUCAAGAAUCUUACUCUACCAGGCCAACACCCUUCACCUGACUUUGUUGCUCAGGAACUUCAAAGGAGAGUAAAUGUCUCCAUUACAAGAAGAGAAAUGCUAUCAUACACCAACGUUGACUCAGCAACGUCCUGUUUGACUGGUAACCCAAUUGACGACUGCUGGCGGUGUGACCCCAACUGGCACCUUAACAGGCAACGCCUCGCUGACUGCGGCAUUGGCUUUGGCCAGUACGCAUUAGGUGGCAAAGGGGGCCGCUACUACGUUGUCACAGAUUCUUCUGACCACGACGCGGUGAACCCACGUCCUGGCACUCUUCGGUGGGCGGUUAUCCAAACGGAACCCUUAUGGAUUGUUUUCCCUACAAACAUGCACAUUGUGCUCAAACAAGAGCUCAUUUUCAACAGCUUUAAAACGUUAGAUGGGCGCGGUGCUAAUGUGCAUAUAACUGGGGGCGGGUGUAUUACAUUACAAUAUAUAACUAAUGUUAUUAUUCAUAAUAUUCAUAUACAUCAUUGUUACCAGUCUGGGAAUACCGAUGUUCGAUCUAGCCCAACUCAUUAUGGGUAUCGAACGAAAUCUGAUGGUGAUGGGAUAUCGAUAUUUGGGUCUCGUGAUCUUUGGAUCGAUCAUUGCUCGUUGUCGCAUUGUAAAGACGGGCUGAUAGAUGCAGUCAUGGGGUCUACUGGAAUAACAAUAUCGAAUAAUUUCUUUUCACACCAUGAUGAGGUGAUGUUGUUGGGGCAUAGUGAUGAUUACUUGCCAGAUUCUGGCAUGCAGGUGACAAUUGCCUUCAACCACUUUGGAGAAAAGUUGGUGCAGAGAAUGCCACGAUGCCGCAGAGGGUAUAUACAUGUUGUUAACAACGUGUAUUCGCGGUGGGAGAUGUAUGCAAUUGGAGGGAGUGGAAGUCCAACCAUUAAUAGUCAAGGAAACCGGUAUACUGCUCCUGCCAAUCCUAAUGCCAAGGAGGUGACAAAGAGGGUGGAAACAGCCCAAGAGCAUUGGAGGGGGUGGAAUUGGAGGAGUGAAGGCGAUAUUCUGGUGAAUGGAGCUUUCUUUGUAGCGUCCGGUCAAGGUUUAGAGCUCAAGUACGAGAAGGCGUACAGUGUGGAGCCUAAAUCAGCGGCAUUGAUCGAUCAACUCACAAUGAACUCUGGUGUGCUUGGUAGCAGGAGCAAUAAGCUUGGGAAGUGGGCAGAUGGUGAUGGUAAUAUUGAAGAUGGUAUAGACGACAGUGAAAACGACUAUGGUGAAGACAGUGAUGGGUCUUCCCGGCCGAAUUCUAUGACUUUGAUUUCAUCUUUGUUUAUGGUUUUGUUAUCGUUGAUGUUAUUGUGACAACAAAACAUUUGGGAAAAAGUUCGCCAUAGUGAUUUUGAAUUAACAUGGAAUUCCAAUUUGUAUUC